UUGAAUCGUACGAAAAAAUGUUUACGAAUUCACAUGCUUCCACCGUAAGCCACGACACUUCUUCAACAAGCCAUUGUGUAGCUUCGGCUGCACGACAAGCGCAUGGAUUCUCUCCGAAGCCUAUCCCUUCUAUAAAUAAUCACUAUUUCAACACUUCACUCACACUUUGCAUACACUCAUCCACAACAAUGGACCGGUUCGUAGAUUCCAAUAUUUUUCUUAGGAUGGCACAAGACAUGGAAGAUGAAGACCAUGAGCUCGAGGUUGCGACGUACCAACAUCGUAGGCGUCGUGCACUUAACGAGCGUCGGUACGCUGGUUCCAUUCCCGGUCGUGUUCGAAUCCAUCGUGACCAUAUCAGUGGUGAUGCAAGAAUCCGAGCCGACUACUUUUGCGCCCAACCGGUUUACACGGAUGCACAAUUUCGGAGGAGGUUUCGCAUGCGUCGCCAUGUGUUUGAGCGUCUCAUUCUUGCUGUGCAACAAGUGGAUCCGUACUUCGUUCAACGUCCAAACUGUGCCGGUGAGCUAGGCCUAUCUGCCCUUCAGAAAGUUGUUGCUGCCGUACGUAUCCUUGCAUACGGUGUUCCCGCGGAUGCCGUUGACGAGUACGUACGAAUUGGAGAAUCUACAGCACAUGAGGCUUUGAAACACUUUUGCACUGCCAUACAAACUGCUUUUGGGGGGUACUAUCUUAGGAAACCUACUCCUGCUGAUAUCGCUAGGCUUCUCCAUGUUGGAGAAUCACGCGGCUUUCCUGGUAUGCUUGGUAGUGUCGAUUGCAUGCAUUGGGAGUGGCGUAACUGCCCAACUGCAUGGAAGGGGAUGUUUACCGGUCGUGGUAAACACCCUACAAUGAUCCUCGAAGCUGUUGCCUCAUAUGACUUAUGGAUUUGGCAUGCAUACUUCGGCAUGCCAGGUAGCUGUAACGACAUCAAUGUUCUUCAGCGUUCUAACUUGUUCGAUUUGCAUCUUCAUGGUGAUAGUCCACCAGUGAGUUUCUCCGUCAAUGGACACACCUACAACAUGGGAUAUUACCUAGCAGAUGGUAUUUAUCCGGACUGGCCAGCGUUUGUGAAGACAAUCCGUCAUCCGUAUGAUGUGAGGACCCAACAUUUUGCCACUGUUCAAGAGUCUGCUAGAAAAGACAUUGAACGAACAUUUGGAGUACUACAGAAGCGAUGGGCCAUAGUUCGUGGUCCAGCAUAUGGUUGGUCUCCACAACACAUUGGAGAUAUCAUGAAAACAUGCAUCAUAUUGCACAACAUGAUCGUAGAAGAUGAAGGACCUUCGUCUUUGAACACAAGCUUCGACAACAUCGGAGUUUUGGCGGAUACUAGUCAUGGUUCAUUUUCCGAGCGCAAUGAGUAUAUCAACAACAGGUACGACCAACUACAUGAUCCAGUGAAAUAUAAUCAGUUGCAGGUUGAUCUAAUCCACCACCACUGAGCGCGGCUUGGAUCUGGAGCUGCUUAAGUAUGAAGUUUAUGUCUGCCAUGUGUUAAGUAUGUUUGUCAUUGUCAUGUCUAGUGUGUUAUGUCGUCAGCUAUGGUAAUCCGAAGGUAGUAUGUGUUAAGUAACAAGUUUGUCAUGUCGUCUGUUCCGUUAUUCCGAAGCUACUAUGUGUUAAGUACGAUGCAGUUUAUGUUUGUACUAUGUUUCUAGUAA